CAAAAUCGUUCUCUAGCUCAGGUUCAGAACGUAAACAAUCCGCACCAUUGCUUGGCUACCAUGAAGGAAAGCAGAAAGCGCAGAAGAUCAAGGCGUGAUAGCUCGUCUUCAUCGUCGUCUUCCAGCAGGGAUAAUAGUAGCAGCUCCAGCAACUCUAGCGACAGCAGUUCCCGUUCCAGUUCCAGCACGAGUAGUAAUAGCAGCACCGAACGGAAGCGCAGAAAAAAGGAGCUAAAGAGAAAACUUGCCAAACAACAGAAGAAAGAAGCGAAAGCCAAAAAGAAAGCACUUCGCAAGGAGAAGAAAGCCAAACGAAGGCAGGAAAAGCUGGCAAAGAAGCUGGCAAAACGAAAGCUGAAGGAACAGCGCAAAAAGGAAAAGGAACAGUCGAAGGAUGCAACAGCCAUCCGAAAUGCCGCACCAGAACAGGGGGAGCCGCCAGGACUGUUGGACUGUGGCAUACCGUUAGAUUUAAUGAAUCGCAAAGCUAUGGCACCGGAAACACGGGAAGAGUAUGAGGCCCGCCAGUCGAUUCUACGCCGGGUAGUCGAUCCAGAGACCGGGCGUACGCGAUUAAUCAAGGGCGACGGUGAAAUCAUCGAAGAGUGCGUGACCCGCGACCGGCACAAGGAAAUCAACCGUCAGGCGACGGCCGGGGAUGGGGCAGAGUUUCAGCGCAAGACACUCGGACGAAAUGUGCGAUAAAACACACACACAAACAAGUACAAACAGUCGAAAAUAAAUUAAAUCAGAUCAGAUUUACAAAAACACAA